CUAUAGAACCACCACAAAUAAAAACUCAAUUCUAUCAGUUGAGCUGCUGCAAUGGCGUCGUUGUUAGUUGGUUCAGUUCCUAUGGCUACUGUUCAAUCCAUGGCUUCUCUUUCUCCUAAUUUAUCAUUCUCUCGUUCUCACUCCGUCGCCGGCAGCGUUUCAAUCACGGCGGCAUCUCCUUCAGCAUCAAUUUCGUUUUCGUCUCUCACCGAUUCAAAUCUCCCAUUGAUAUACUGCGGUAGAGGUGAUAAGAAGACGGCGAAAGGCAAGCGGUUCAAUCACUCCUUUGGCAAUGCAAGGCCAAGGAACAAGAAGAAGGGAAGAGGACCACCUAGGGUUGCAGCACCACCAGCAGCACCAAAGAGAGAUCCAUUUGAUGAUGGCCAAGUCGUUAAAAUUGAAAUUCAUGACCCAUAGUUUUCUCGGAGGAGCAAUUUCAUUUUUAUGUAGCUCUAAUCUUCUACUACUUGUUUAUUUCAUUGAGAUAUCGAAAUCUAAAUAUCGAUGAAGUUAAUCAUUGGACUGAGAUUUCUAGUUUGCUUGAAGGGUCUUCGUUUAAA